CUCCACUUCCUGAAUAGCACAGUGGCUAGGCCUGCGACAGCCGACCAGCCCAGAAGCCUCACUUUCUCUCUAUUUAUAUGUUUGGGCAGAGCUCACUCUCUUUCGUUUAUCCCUUGCAACACAUUCCCACCACCCCCCAUGUCCUCCUCUCCUCUUUGUGGGUCAGUGAUGCAGCAGGAGUGACGCAGCAGUGUCAGCGCCUCAUCGGCCUCCAGACGGGCAGUGUCUCAGGAGUGGACUGGAGGGAGAAUUUGUGUGCCCAGGCUGGGCACAGACACACACACAGGCAACCAGCCACCAGUAAACAGGAGAAGGCGGAAGGGAUGAAUCUACAAGCAAUUAUUCAAGAGUGAAAGAAGAAUUCAUCCCAGAGAAUGGCAACAAUGAAUCAACAGGUUGGAUCAUUUUAAUAUCCACAAAUAAUCAUGUGUUCAUAGCAAUAUAAAUUUGUCCAAAUGAUUUGUUCAAAUUUCAACCGCUCUUGAUGUAUUCUUUGUUUGCAAGACAUUCAAAGUACUAACUGUGGGAGAGGAGUUGUGGUAAUUGAGACAAACAGUAGGUACUGCAGGCACUUAAUUUGCAAUUCUCAAAACUGUAAAAAAAUAAUUAAAAAAUCAUGGAUGGUAAAGGAGGGCUAGACUUAUUAUUUGUUUUGGGAUGUUGAGUUCCCCUGCAGUGCACCAGUGGAAAUCGAUUGUGCAGGCAAGACUACAAAUACAGGAAAAGUGGGGAGGAAGCAGGCAAGACCAUUAACCAUAUAUAGCAGGAACGUCUUAACACUGAAGGAAGAGAACGGAAAGACACCAGAGGAAAAAACUGAGAUAAAGGCAUGAUAGUGGCCACUCAAACAUGUCAAAUCAUAUUUCCUUUGGCUUUAAGAGGCUCCCUCCCAGAAUGUGUAAGGUUCGCAACCUUUACUGUUUCAUACCAUGCUGUUAAGGUAGCACUGUUUUCUUCAAAGGUUGCCACAGCAACAAGGUCAUGCCAAAGUGCAGCAGCUUACAGAAGUGAGGACUGGCGUGCUCCAGGCUGGUGUACUGCUUACCCAGGCAAAUGCAAGCAGACCGGGGCCUUGAUCGCACUCAGAUGACCGUGACGUCUCCCUGCACCCAGGGCUUGAUGGACAGCUCCCAUCCUCAGGCACUCCUCAGCAGGCUCAAUGAGCAGCGCUCCCAAGGCCUCUUCUGUGAUGUCACCAUCGUGGUGGAGGAUGUAAAGUUCCGGGCCCACCGGAACAUCCUGGCUGCCUGCAGCGGAUACUUCCGCAGCGCCUUCACCUCCACUGAGGUGUGGACUUCCAGCCAGGUGCUGGAGCUCAUGGACCUGAGGUCUGAGGUGUUCGCCAGCAUCCUCAACCUCCUCUACUGUUCUAAGGUUACAACAUCACCUAGCACAGAGGACACUAGAUGCCUGAUGGCAGCUGGAAAAAGACUGGGGAUUCCCUUCUUAGAGAAACUAGUGGAACAAGACAGGCAGGACUCAGGUGGGCCACAGAUCCAGACCUCAACCAACCCUGUUAAGACCACAGGCCGUAGUAAGGCCCAAGGGCCUCGUAAAGCAAAGAAAGAGACCUCCAGGCCAGAGGAACCAGACAGUGCUAGAGGCCCGAGGAUCACCAAUGCUUUCUCUAUCACUGAGGUGGGUCCUGGGAACAACCUCUUCACCCCACUAAACCUGCACAGGGGGGAGAGGCCAUCACCUGAUCUUGGACAGACCCCAGCGGGCUGCCCUGCCCCCUGCCCCCUCGCAGUGGACAAUGAGCCCAUGCAGGCGCUGUCAGAGCACUCCUACGCAGUCAUUAGCCAGGGACCAUGGGACCCUGAGCACAGGGAUGGCAACCAGGAAGACAACAAGAAGGGCACCAAGCCCACACAGUCCCAACCAAGACAACUGGCCAGCAGAAACAGUGGCCCACUCAAAAAGCGUCACAGACUGCGAGCCGCCUUGAGUAAAAGCACACCUCAAACACCGGCUGUAGCACAUGAACCUGUGCAUCCAACUGGAAGCAGCCCGACAUUAAUUAAGCCCAUUGUACAACAUGUGGGAACGUCACCCCCGUCAUUAUACCCGCAGACAAGCAGGACCAAUGAGCUGCCUCUAGCCAUUGAUAAUGGCUACAGGGAGCUGGACCCACCUCCACUUUCAGCCUACACAGAUGAUAGCAUAUCGAUCUACAGCUGUGAGCACUGUCCAGAGAUAUUCACCAAUAAAGCACUUCUCACCGUACACACAGAAAUGCACAAAAAAAGGUUUGUCAGUCAUUUGUUUUGCAAAUUUUGUCGCAGGAAGUUCAUGCAUUUGAAGCGGUUGCGGAACCACGAGACGGUGUGCACAAAAUCACAGAGGGGCUCGCCUGAACACGAGCCCCAAGGCAAAGAGGCCGGGGCAGACCAUCAUUCAGACAGCAUGCCAAGCACGAACAAUACAGUAACUAAUGUCCAGUUAUCUCCUACUGAACUUCCUGACCCUUUCCCUCCAACCAGCCUCCAAAUGAACCCCAAGUCAAAAACACUGCAGGCUGUAGAUAAGUUAGUGAAACCUAGUGGAGGCCAGAGGGUCUAUAACUGCAGUGUGUGUAAACGGGCAUAUGUGACCGUCUCCAGUCUGAAGCGCCACGAGAAUGUUCACUCCUGGCAGAGGGCAUACCCCUGUCACUACUGCAAUAAAGUGUUUGCCCUAGCCGAGUAUCGCACCAAACACGAGAUCUGGCACACAGGAGAGCGCCGCUACCAGUGCAUCUUCUGCUUAGAGACCUUCAUGACCUACUACAUCCUAAAGAACCACCAGAAGGCCUUCCACGGAAUCGAUCCCAGAUUGUCUGUGAGUAAGAAGUCAGCAAAUGGAGGAUUUAAGGGCAGUGUUUACCCCAUCAAACUCUACAGGCUUCUGCCUAUGAAAUUUAGAAAGAGACGGUACAAGACUUACAGUCAGACCUAUUCAGAGGAGCUGGAGGGCAGUGAGCAGGCCCCGCUGGGCUGCAGCUCUCCCAUCCCUUCAUUUGAUGAUGGUGGUGCUAUGAGUAACCAAGAUGCUGCUAUAUUCUCAAUGCCUGUGACAUUCAUGGCCACUCCAAAAGUUGUGGCAUCAGUAAUGCCACGCAUCAGUUUUGAUCAGCCCUGUGACCAAGAUGUAGACCAAGAUGCAGGCACAGGAAAACAGGCCUCUCACUCUGAGCAUAAUGGGCCUCCAUAUAGCUAUUCAACCCCCUUGGCCAUAAUGCAGGCAGGUGGGGAGUCCCCUGCAAUGGACUAUGGAGAUGGUGCCGCAUUCCAAAGGUUUAAGAACCAGGAGGGCAACAGUCACAAUCUACCAAUCCUAAAAAUUAACCCACCCAGCUCUCUGAACAGGCUAUGUGAGCUCUCAGCUGCAGCUCAGAGAAUUGAAGCCAUGACCAGUCAGCUUUUUCUGCCAGGGGCUGAGAGCCUGGUCACUAGCAAGACUGGAGGGGGGGGAACUGAAACAUACAUUGCCAAGCCUGCAUGUCCAGGUCCCUCCGUGGAUGGUCACGUUCUACCCCUCUGCCAGAUCACAGUGAAAAUUGGCAAUGAGGCAAUCAUUCGCCGAAGGAUCAAGGGCUCCAAGCUGUUCCCCAGGAAGAGGAAAAGAAGCAGCGGGAACCAGGUAGAGGAGAGGUGUUGGGACCAGGGCCAGCCUACAGAGGGCAGCAUGGAGAUCUCCAGCCUCCGCUUCAGGACAGAGGUCACUUCUGUCAUAGAGCCAGAGCCAUGUGAUGACCUGACUGACCGUGACACAGCUGACAGGCUCUGGCGUCCCUAUUACUCUUACAAACCAAAGAAGAAGAGUAAGAAACUGAGAUCCAAACACAGAAAAGAGAGACGUCGUCUAUGCUAUUCCAUGACAUCCUCAUUAGUGCCCAGAGCCAGCAAAGACUACCUGGAUAAAGGAUGCAGAAGUGCUGAAGAGAGCAUCUCCAGCGAGGGUACAGAGCUGAAACAACGUCUCAGAAACACCAGCCCAAAGACGGCAUACACCUGCGACAUCUGUGCAAGCACCUUCAUAACGGCAUCUGGUCUGAGAGCGCAUGUCAUUGGCUGUCACCCAACUUUCUGUCGGACCUGCGCAAAGCAGUGUCCCCCCGGCGAAGCCCCCAGUGCCAGCUUUGAGACCGCUGAGGACAGCAGGGAUUACGUAUGCAAGAGCUGUAUGGAAAAUGGCUCCUGCUUUGACAAUUGUGCCCGCAGCCCCAGCACAGAGAAGCGGUAUCGUUGCUCCUUCUGCCCCCAGCGCUUCCUCUACCUCGCAACCAAGAAGAGCCAUGAAAAAAAACACCAAGAGACAGCAGGAAAGGGGUACAGCAGCGACAACUACUCCACAGUCCCAAAACGCCAAGCAAUUUUGGAUUUAGGCUUAAAUCUGAAAAAGCAUAUCAUCAAAACAGAGGAAGGGGAGGAUCAAUAUAGCAUCGACAAGGAGAGCAAAGUGCCAGAGGGAUCACUAGGCAGGUUCUCAACAGAGAAGAUAGAGCCUAAGCACGAGGAAUGGGAGGACACAGGUGACUACAUGUCAGUGGCGCCCGAGAAAGAGAUUCCAUUUAGAAUUAGUGAUGGACACUAUCAAAAAACUCCAAUGUCACCCCCCUGCACCGACACCUUUUCUCCUUCCCCUUCAGAGAUGCGGUACAGAAAGCCUUCCCCUUCAGAGAUGCAGUACAGAAAGCCUUCCCCUUCAGAGAUGCAGUACAGAAAGCCUUCCACUUCAGAGAUGCAGUAUAGAAAGCCUAAAAAGCGCAUUGAACACAAUCCGCAACAUCAGACAAGCCUCACGUCCAAAAGGCAGAAUCAAGUAGACUAUAUCGGUAGAGAGACACCCAGCCAUAAGGCCCCAAUGACCACACCAGGAGCAGACAGUCAUUUUAGCUAUGGGCAGUCUUCUUCUACAUAUCUGAAAAGAGACUCUGUUACUAGGGCAACCACUCCCUCCUCGCCCAAGUCAGAGAAGAGUACAUACAGUGCAAAGAAGAGACCUCUUUACAGACAUAAAAUUAUUUCACUCCUGAAUGAUAAGUAUUAAGUGAUUAUAUGCCUAUGUAGUAAGUUGCAGACCUACAGUCAAAUACAUACAGUACCAUUCAAACGUUUGGACACAGCUACUCAUUCCAGAGUUUCUUUAUUUUUACUAUAUUUAUAGAAAAUAGUAAAAAUAAAAACCCUGGAAUGAGUAGGUGUCCAAACUUUUGACUGGUACUGUAUGUCAAUAGAUUUCAAAGCUGUGCUUGAUGUAGGUUAGUUUGAUUUAAGUUAAUUUGCCCAAAAUAAUGGACACGAAGGAAUUGACCCAAACUAAAUCAAGUUCACCUCAAGUACUUUGAAAACAUUAUUUGAUAGUGUUUUUGACCUGGGCCUAGAAAACAGAUCUAAGUUGCCAAUGGAAAGCAGAUAUUGAAUAUGAGGACCUAACUGACAUUAUGUAAAUAUAAUUUUCUUCACUUAUAACAAAAUAGGUAAUUUUUCAUGUUUAAAAAAAAAAGUGAUUUAUUUUUGUACUUUAUUUUGCUUUGAGACUAGUUCAUAAUUAUUGUGCUGUCCAUAUUCUAUACCUAUGCAGUUAUUUGCACUUUAUAAUAAUUUAUAUUUACACUGUAUAGGCUACCAUUCAUAUUUAAUAGUCUGGUAGUGUCAUUACCACAUGCACCAUCAAAAUGAAUGUGUUACAAAGUUGACAAACUGCAGUUUGUCAGAGGGAAUAAAUAAUUAAUCAACCAGUAGAUAAUGACAGGAAGAAAACAUACAUGCUUGUUUUUAUAUUCCUGUGUCUUGGGUUAUUUAGAUAAAUAAACAAACCAACCUGUCUGGAAUAGCCGAGAAGAGCUGUUAAGCUACAUUCUCGAAUUAAGAGGACAAAUUAAUGCAUGGCACACACAUACACACCCUCCUAUUGUUUAGAUUAAAUAAGCACACAGGAGGACAUAAUUUGUAAGUCCUUGCACUGAUGCAGUUUGCAGCUGUUACUUUCAUAAGACAAAUAUAAAUAAAAACAAAUCUAAGCCAUCUAAUAUUUUUACUCUUUACUUUACUGAAUGCUCCUCUACCUUUGUGUUAAAUGUUUUGCCUAACUUCUCAGUUGUAUUACCUUCUGUAAAUAAAAGUGUGCAGUUUGCAAAAGUGCAAAUGCUUAGUAA